AGGUCGCGCGGAGGGGGAGGGGGCUGGCAUUCCUGUCGCGCGCCAGGCCUCGCGGGGGGAAACCUCCCGACUUCCUCUCAUCUGACUUUUCUUCAUCUGCGUUAAAAACAAGAUUUUAGCAAGUGGAGCUUGCGGCCGCGGCGGAGCGGUUGGUUUCUCGGAGAGUUUGAAGAUACUUCCAGGACUGGACGGCUUUCCUCCAGGAGGGACGUUAAUGGCUUCUGUCUCGCAGAAGAAAAAUGUUUGACUGAGUUGAGGAGCGGAAAAAGUUCAGCAGAAAGAUGUCUCGAAAAAAAGCCUCUUCUUCCCUGAGAGUGAGAAGAAUAACUGAAAGCUCUAAAUGGACUAUCGACCGAGGACGAAGUUUGUCUUUCCACGAAGUUGGUCGCCAGCGUGAGAUGGAGAUGAGGGCUGCAGCUGAAGAGUCAUCCAACAGCAGCAACAGUGUGGCGGGUGGUGGCAGCACCGUCCUGCAGCGACUCCUGCAGGAGCAAAUGAAUCGGAACUAUGUUCUGCAACAACAACAAUCUGGGGUGGGAGGUGGGGGAGUAGGAGCAUCAGGGGGAGGAGGUUAUUCAGUACAGGGACAGGUAAGUCCCUCCGAUGAUCACUCUGUUACUGCCCACAUCGCACGACAAGAGCCUCAGGGACAGGAACUGCAGACAGAUAGUGGCCUGGAGAAGAUUGGCUCCAUCAGAGCUGGAGGAGGAGGUGGGAGUAUUGCAGGAGGAGGUUGUGUGGGGACUUGUGGAGUGGGAGUCAGCAGUAGUAGUGGAGGUGGUGGUAGCAACCAAGGCCCGUGCCUGAACCCUGAAGACCUUCCCACGUAUGAGGAGGCCAAAGUGCAGUCCCAGUACUUCCGUGGUCAUGGUCCUCCUCCUCUUCAGCCUCAGCAGCAGAACAGCCAGCCCCAGCAGCCCAACUCCAUCGGUGCUACCUUCUAUGUGACAGGUCUGAACAAUGCCAAGGUACGUACUGAGGGUCGCCCAACUCUACAGCGAGUGAGCGGCGCAGGGAAGGUUCACCAGGAUGAUGGACUGAAAGACUUAAAGCAAGGACAUGUUAGGUCCCUAAGUGAGCGGCUCAUGCAACUCUCCUUAGCCACCAGUGGUGUGAAGGCCCAUGCACCUGUCAGCAGUGCCCCACUUUCACCACAGCUGCCCUCUCCUGGCCAGUCCGGUGACUACUACAAGCCUCAGCAACGCGGCCCUCCACCAGACUACCCUUUCCGAGGAAUGGCUUCUCCUGGGAAACAGCAAGAGGCUGCAGGACACUUUUACCAAGAGCAGAGAGGGAGGGAGCACUCGAGGGACCUGCCAAACGUCAGAUACCAGCCCCCACCUGAGUAUGGCUCCUUUAGGUCCAGUAAGGAGGGUUCUGUCCACUACCAGAGGCCUCUUCAGCAGCACAGUCCCACCUCCUCCGUCACCUCCAUUGAUUCCUUGUCCCGCGCUCAGUCCUCCACCCUCUGCAACAUUCUCUCUGCUUCCCAUUCCUCUCAUCCUUCUAUUCCUCACCAACACCCUCAGAGUCAAGGAGAGCCUCCUCCCCACAUCGGGCAUCGUAGUUCACAGGUCACCGGCUCCCAUCAAGGGGCGGAGCCUUACACCCCCAUGUCUGCUCAUCAGACCCCACAGAGGAGUCACACCUUUUCUUUGGAUCCUUAUGGCUCUGCCCCAAGGUUGCACCAUCAGCAGCAGCAGUUCCAGGUGUCUCCAUCUCUUCAGCCCCAGUUGUCUGUCCAGGCAGGACACUUCCCCCUGUCACACCCCUACGCCCCGAUGCAGGGGGAGCCAUACGCCAUGAUGUCCCGGGCUCAACAGAUGGUGGAUGUGCUGACGGAGGAGAACAGGAUGCUGAGACAGGAGAUGGAGGCUUGUCGUGAGAAGGUCACAAAGCUGCACAAGCUGGAAAUGGAGAUCCAGCUGGUAUCGGAGGCCUAUGAAAACCUGGCCAAGUCCUCCUCCAAGAGGGAGGCGCUAGAGAAGACCAUGAGGAACAAGUUGGAGCUGGAGGUGCGCCGUCUGCACGACUUUAACAGAGAUCUGCGAGAGCGCAUGGAGAUGGCCAACAAGCAGCUCGCCUCAAAAGAGUGUGACGGCUCAGAGGACAACCGCAAAACCAUCUCCCAGCUGCUGACACAGAACAAAGAAACGCUGCGUGAGAAAGAGAAGGUGGAGAUGGAGCUAAAUGCCCUCCGCUCCACCACAGAUGACCAGAGGAGACACAUCGAGAUCAGAGACCAGGCCCUCAACAAUGCUCAGGCCAAAGUGGUCAAGCUGGAGGAGGAGCUGAAGAAGAAGCAGGUUUACGUGGAGAAGGUGGAGAGGAUGCAGCAGGCUCUGGCUCAGCUGCAGGCAGCUUGUGAGAAGAGGGAACAGCUUGAACAUCGGUUGCGAACAAGACUGGAAAGAGAGCUGGAAUCUCUCCGCCUGCAGCAGCGUCAGGGAAGCUCUCAGAGCAGCGGUGCCGUCCCGUCUGAGUACAACGCCACAGCCCUGAUGGAGCAUCUAAGGGAGAAGGAGGAACGGAUUCUGGCUCUAGAGGCCGACAUGACCAAGUGGGAGCAGAAGUACUUGGAGGAGAGCGUGAUGAGGCAGUUUGCUCUGGAUGCUGCUGCUUCUGUUGCUACUCAGAGGGAUGCUUCUGCAGCAGGAAUAAACCACUCACCAAGCAGCAGCUACGACACGUCGCUGGAAGCUCGCAUCCAGAAGGAGGAAGAGGAGAUCCUCAUGGCUAAUCGUCGCUGCCUGGACAUGGAGAGCAGGAUAAAGAAUCUCCAUGCACAGAUCAUUGAGAAGGACGCCAUGAUCAAAGUUCUCCACCAGCGCUCCAGAAAAGAGCCCACCAAGUCAGAUGCACCAUCUGCAAUGAGACCAUCUAAGUCUCUGAUGUCCAUCUCUAACACUGGCUCUGGUGGGUCAGGGUUACUGUCUCACAGCCUUGGACUCAGCAGCUCCCCGAUCACUGAAGAACGCAAAGACACAAGCUGGAAGGGCAGUCUGGGGGUUCUUUUGGGUCCAGAGUCUCUGAGGACAGAGUCGAUCUCAUCUUCCCCUUCUCCCAUACUGUCUUCCACCUCGAUGAUCACAGGCCACUCUAAGACUGGCAGUAGGGAUAGCUGCACACAGACCGACAAGGGUCAAUGCCAGGACACCAGCAAGCCCAACACUCCAGUCCUGCAGAGUAUGACGCUGCCAGCCCGCCUGUCCAGCCCCAGCCCGGUUUACAUCCCUGAUCGCUUAGCAGGUCAGCUCACUCCAUCGGAAUUACACAGGAUGCUACAAGAUGUACCUGCUUUUCACAGCAGCACGCUGGAGAGAAGGUUUCCUGUCCAGGCCCUGGUGCUGCCGCCAGCUCCUGCUUCAGCUCCACCACCACAACAGGAGGUGGACUCAGACGUGGUGGAGAUCCUCAUCUGAACUCAAGAAGAAAACAGCAAUAAGUGAUCAGAUGGCAGCUUCAUUCCAAAUCAACGUGGUUCUGAUUUGUCUUUAUCCUCCACGUCUUAGACACCGAUCCGCCCGGCGAGACUCCUCUGGUUUAGUUGUUUUUGCUGCAUUUAUUUAACAUUUGCACCCUGAUCGGGGACAAAAACGCAACCACCACAGUCCUGUUUCAUCUCAGUUUUGUAGUUUGCAAUAAUGAAAUAAUACAGGUCAUAACUUCUUAUUUAUUGGCUUUUUAGAUGCUUUUUCCUUUAGUGCUUCAACAAAACUAGAUCAAUGGUACCGGGGUAGGGUCCCCACAAUGAUUCCUACAGAUCCUGAGCACAGACCAGGCACCAGACGUCUUUCCACUCUGAAGCUUAAAGGGUAAAUGUUUACAGCUUCUGUGUACCUCUUUUUUUCCUACGUAAACCUGACAGCGGGUACUGUUUAUGUGAAAUUCUUGGUACUUGCAGGACUCUGAAACUCUGCAUGCUCAUCAGCCCUGUGUACCGCCGUGAUAGCAGAAAUCUUAAUCAUCUAAUCAUUGCAGCUACAUUAACCUCCUUCUGUUGGGUUGAUAUGGUGUUCAUUAGAGCUGGAGUUUGGGAAACGGAUACUAAACCUGACUUUGGUCAUGUCUUUGUGCUCCAUCUAACCUCUGGAAAUACUGCAGACCUCCAUACCCUUCCGUCUGCCACACAGUAACCCUAACCCAGCAGCAGCAAUGUUACUUUGCAGAAACUUCCUUCAGCGUCUGAAUCCAACUGCUUCUCCAAAUCAUGUGGCUUUGGUAAACAAUCUGUAACGUGGAGGAAUGUGUGUCACCUGCCACCUUCAUGCUGGAGUUUUAUUAAUCUGCUCUUUGCUAACUCACUAACAUCUGUUUAUUCUCUUAGCUCAUGUGUAAUUUAAUCAGAUUGUUUAUCAACACACUCAGUGUAACGGAAAAACCGUUUGAUUUGAUCAGAGAACAAAAGCCUCAGUUUGGUGACAGUGUUGUUAGUCUGGGUGCGUGUGUGUGAGAGGACAGCGAGCAGAAAUGUUUUCAUCAAUCCAGAAAUCCACGUUUGUGAAGCCUAAACCUCUGCAGACCUGGAGCAUGCAGGGCUGAGUACGCCUCAGCGUUGGAGCUAGUAGACCGUCAGGUUGGACAGGAUGACUCUGAGACCUGGGCUUCAGCCUAUUUAUGCAAAUUACACUUUCUGUUUACUGUCUUGAGAUCAUUUCAGUUUUUUCAGCUCCAUUUAAAUUAGAAAAGUGGACGGAAAGCCAUUCUUCACCUUACACCUGUAUAAAAGACAUUAUCCUUUUAGCGGCUGCAGUACACAAUAAUGUAGCUAAUGUAUGUUUUUCAUUGUUGUUGGAUUUACUUUUUAUUAUCGCUGCACAAUCAGCCACAAACCCAGCACAGCUCUUACUAAACAGUUUAGAGGAUUUACCCCUAAAAUCUCCACAGGGAGAAGGAAGGCCAGGCAGGAAGUGUAGCUACACGCCUAAACUCGGUUAUCGGAGCAAAGAAAUGUAGGUGUAGUACACCGAAGUUAAAAUAAACCAAUAACCGAAAAGCAAACUUGCACUACAGUAGCUGGUCCAGCAGGUGGAGCAAAGCAAAACACAUAAAAAUGAAGUUCUCCAUCUGUACAUGUGACUGCUCUGGAGAUGAACACAUGAUGAUCAUGUGAUGUCCAGAGCUCCAUCAGCGGUAGAGUGACCCUUUGUUAGCGCAUAACCAAACCCUGUUAUGGUUUUAUUCGUUUACAAUAAUGUAUGUGUACUUCCUGUUACAUUCUUAAUGCCUUAAAUAAAAUAGCACUUUGAAUCAA